GAAGGAAGUACAAAGUACAAAAGUAACAGAGUAACCUGGAAGAUGAGUUUUCUCGCGGGAAGGUUAGCUGGGAAAGAAGCUGCGUACUUUUUCCAGGAAUCCAAACAAGCCGUGGGAAAAUUAGCCCAAAAAAACCCUCUUCCCAAGACCAACAACAACAACCUUAACUUUCACGAAGGAUAUGAUCAUGCGGAUGUACUUCCCGAGGUUCUAAGGCACUCUCUUCCUUCCAAAGUGUUUAGAAAUGAUGAAGCCACCUCCUUUUCCUUCUCUGCCUCCAAAUGGGUCCUUCAUUCCGACCCCAAAACCCAAUCUUCCGUAUCCCCUGAUGCUCUCAAUCCUCUGCGUGCUUACCUUUCCCUGCCCCAAGUCACCUUUGGCCCCAAAAGGUGGCAACUGCCUGAAGCAGCAAACACGGUUUCAGCCUCAACAGCUAAUGAAUCGCGUCUAGACAGAUAUGCCACCCAUGUUAACCCGGAGAAGUUGAAAGCUGCAGGUGAAGGGCUUGCACAUGUUGGAAAGGCGUUUGCUGUUGCCACUGCAUUUGUAUUUGGUGGUGCUGCAUUGGUAUUUGGUAUGGUGGCCUCCAAGUUAGAGCUGCAGAAUAUGAGUGACAUCAAAACUAAGGGAAAAGACUAUGUUGAGCCAAAACUAGAGAAUAUCAAAGAGCAAUUUGUUCCCUUAAAGAUAUGGGCUGAGAAUAUGUCAAGGAAGUGGCAUGUGGAAAGGGACGAUGUUAAGCAGAAGACUAUCAUAAAGGAGCUUUCAAAAAUUUGGGGUGAAAAAAGAACAGAUUGAGAUCUACAAUUUUAUUUGUUUUCCUCUUACUUUAGUUGCUUUGGAAAUAGUGGCAUGGACAUCCAAACAUAGAUAAUUUGGAUGCAGUAUGCCUCUGGCGGUUCUUGUGGCUCUGUAAAUGUUGAAGCAUGCAGGAGAGUAAAAAUAAUGCAAAAUAGUGUGUAUGUCAAUAAUUAAGAUAGUAAUAAAUUGCGGAAUGUGGUUGUUUUGGUUAAUUCAACAAUUCUUUAUUAUUUUUUUCUUCAAGCAGACUAGACAUAUUGUUAAGGUUCUGAAAACCAUGAUUUGUUGUAACAAGAUGACAUUUGACAACGUGAGAUCAA